UUCUUCUUGUUGUUCGCUUCUCUCUCAGCCACAACCACCAUGGCGUCCCUGCUCGGCAUCUCCUCCCGCUUCGCCGCCUCUCAGUCUCCCUCCGAUUCGCCAAGAUUCUCCAAAGGGUUCGCCCCACGGAUCGACAACCUCAAGCCCUCGCGCCCGAAGCCCUCGAAGGACCGCAGGAGCCGCGGCUUCUUCAGUGUCCGAGCCGACGUGGGCUACCAGACGAGGCCCGACGCAGGUAACCCUCCCUCCACCUCGACUUCGGCUCCCACCUACGAUGAGAAAGUCGCUCAGAUUCUGAGGUUUAACGAUUACAACAAGAAGUAUGGGUUCAACGUGGACAUAGAUUCGUUCUCGAUCCCUAAGGGGCUUUCUAGGGAGACCGUUCAUUUGAUUUCCGAGCUCAAGGAGGAGCCCGGUUGGAUGCUUGAGUUCAGGUUGAAUGCUUUCGAUAAGUUCUUGAAACUGAAGGAGCCCAAUUGGUCGGACAACGCUUACCCGAAGAUAAAUUUCCAGGAUAUGUGUUACUAUUCAGCUCCUAAGAAGAAACCCACCUUGAAUAGCUUGGACGAGGCCGACCCGGAAUUGGUCAAGUAUUUCGAUAGAUUGGGUAUCCCUUUGAACGAAAGGAACCGGCUUGCCAAUGUCGCGGUCGACGCGGUUCUUGAUAGCGUCUCCAUUGCGACCACGCACAGGGAGACGCUGAAGAAGGCUGGUGUGAUUUUCUGUUCGAUAUCUGAGGCGAUUAAGGAGUAUCCGGAUCUUGUCAGGAAGUAUUUGGGGAGAGUCGUGCCUAGCGAGGAUAACUACUAUGCUGCUUUGAAUUCUGCAGUGUUUAGUGAUGGGUCGUUUUGUUACAUACCUAAGGACACGAAGUGCCCGAUGCAGAUUUCGACGUAUUUUAGGAUAAACGCGAUGGAGACUGGGCAAUUUGAGAGGACUCUGAUAGUGGCGGAGGACCGAAGUUUUGUGGAGUAUUUGGAGGGGUGUACCGCUCCGUCUUAUGAUCGGAAUCAGCUACAUGCUGCUGUGGUGGAGUUGUAUUGUGCUGAGGGCGCGGAGAUCAAGUACUCCACGGUGCAGAACUGGUAUGCUGGGGAUGAGGAAGGGAAUGGAGGGAUCUACAAUUUUGUCACAAAGAGGGGCCUUUGCGCGGGGAAUCGCUCGAAGAUUUCUUGGACACAGGUGGAGACAGGGUCGGCCAUUACAUGGAAGUACCCAAGUGUAGUUUUGGAGGGUGAUGAUACUGUGGGUGAGUUUUAUUCUGUAGCAUUGACUAAUAAUCAUCAGCAGGCUGAUACAGGAACAAAGAUGAUACACAAGGGGAAGAAUACGCGAAGUAGAAUUAUUUCGAAGGGUAUUUCGGUUGGAUUCUCGAGAAAUUGCUAUAGGGGGCUUGUUCAGGUUCAGUCAAAGGCGGAAAAUGCCCGAAAUUCUUCACAAUGUGAUUCCAUGCUCAUUGGUGACAAAGCUGCUGCCAACACCUAUCCGUAUAUCCAGGUAAAAAAUCCCACGGCUCGCGUUGAGCAUGAGGCCAGUACCUCAAAGAUUGGUGAGGACCAGCUAUUCUACUUCCAGCAGAGGGGUAUCGACUACGAGAAAGCGAUGGCCGCCAUGAUCUCCGGUUUUUGCCGCGACGUAUUCAACGAGCUCCCCGAUGAGUUCGGUGCCGAGGUGCACCAACUCAUGAGCUUGAAGCUCGAGGGAUCGGUGGGUUAGGCGGGAAAAUUCUUGUCUUGUAAAUGUAGGCUGUAAGUCUCACUUACGUAUAGUCCGUGCAUGUAAAAAUCACCUACGUGAUCCUCCAUUGUCUGUGAGCUUCUGGUUAACUUCUUUGACAUUGGGUUAAUAAUGUAAAUGCACCAUCUAUGGAGCACUGUCACAGUAAUUUUGAAUAAAAAAAAAUGGUUUUUCAAAGUUGUUGGGUC